AAGCUUUCAAAAGCUAUUUCACUAUUAUCAUCACCUCCAUCACCAACAGUACAAUUAUUACUACCUCAAAUAUUACUUUCAUAUUUACAAACACAGUUGCCAUUAGUUUUGCUGCCAUCGCAAAUGCAAGCUCCAUUAAUUUUACCAUCUCAA